AUGAAUGUACAUACACGUCGGAGUGUUUUGUAUCACCUAACUUCAGAUAUUUGUUUGUAUGUUAAAGUGAAUGUGAAUAGAUUUGGUAAAAAUAAGGAAAUAGGCGAAUCAUCAUCAUCAUCAUCAUCAUCAUCAUCAUCAUCAUCAUCAUCAUCAUCAUCAUCAUCAUCAUCAUCAUCAUCAUCAUCAUCAUCAUCAUCAUCAUCAUCAUCAUCAUCAUCAUCAUCAUCAUCAUCAUCAUCAUCAUCAUCAUCAUCAUCAUCAUCAUCAUCAUCAUCAUCAUCAUCAUCAUCAUCAUCAUCAUCAUCAUCAUCAUCAUCAUCAUCAUCAUCAUCAUCAUCAUCAUCAUCAUCAUCAUCAUCAUCAUCAUCAUCAUCAUCAUCAUCAUCAUCAUCAUCAUCAUCAUCAUCAUCAUCAUCAUCUGGUGAACUACUGAAAACCAGCCAACACUGA